AGCAUCGAGCUGGCCUGUCGUGUUCCAAAUGAUGCGCAUGAAAGCCACACGAAACUGAUUGGUCAGCCUGUUGGCUCGCUUGAUUUAUUUGCCGAAUUUGAUGAUUAUUCAGCAUUAUUUUUCUCUUAUAAAAAAUUAGUGAAUAAUAUUUUUAUCCAAGCGAAUAGCCAUAGCCCGUAGCGUAAAUUUUGGCAAAUCUGAGAAUGAUUUUGUUUGCUUGAGGUCAUAAUUGUGGAGCUAGCUGGCAUUGGCAAAUGGCAGGGACUUUGGGUGCAAUAGGAACCGGCAUUUCACUCUGAAAUUGGCAACAAUUUGAUGGAUAAUAAGAUACUCUUCCAGCUCAGCCGCCCGCAACCCGAAUUCAACAGCCUGCCCGAUUUCUCAUCUCAAAAGAAGAGAAGAGAAGAGAAGAGAAGAGGAGCAAGCAGUAAUGUCCCUGCGCCGCCGCGGCGUCCGGGCGUUUACACCCAUGCACGGGGCAACCCUCGUCGUCGCCGUCGCCGUCGCAUGCUCCAAAACCAGAAAGCAUCCGCUCAGCUCCGCCCCUUCCACACUAGUCUCGCUCGGGGGCGACAGCGAUGUCCUGCUGCUCCUCUUCCUCCUCGCGCGCGCUCACACCCACCUAACCCAACCCGCUCCGCUCCGCUCCGACCCCAGCUCCAGCCCCAGCCCCGGUCGGUCCUCUCCAACUCCUGCUCCUCCUAGCUCCUUCCUACCCGUUACCUGCUGCGGUCCGGAGCCGAGACGACGACCACUUCCACCUCCUCCCCCUCCCGAACCCAAUCCCCAUCCAGGCCCCUCCCAAUUUCCAGCAGCCCGCCCGCGAUGCCCAAGACGACGACGACGGCGAACCGGCGCCGUAAGCGCCGCGGCGCCGGCGACGAGGGGGACACCGCCGACGGACAGGCCAGCAACAAGAGGAGGCCCGCCACCAGCGUGCUCACCUCGCUGGACGUCAACGACGCCCCGCGCCCGGAGCUCCCCCUCUUCCAGCUCAGCCGGCCUCGCCAGCAGGCGGGACGGGACGACGAAGAGGAAGAGGAGGAUGAGGAGGAGGAGGUGACCGGCGGAGGAGGACCAGGGUCGUCGUCGUCGUCCGCGCUCGCCGCCGCGGGCAACGGCCACGGCCCGCACCAGCAGCGGCGGCUGUGGGUCAAGGACCGGUCGCGCGCGUGGUGGGAUCAGUGCAGCAGCGCCGACUACCCGGAGGCGGACUUCCGCGCCGCCUUCCGGAUGGGGCGGGCCACCUUCGCGAUGCUCUGCGACGCGCUGGGCUCCGCCGUGGCCAAGGAGGACACGGCGCUCCGCGCCGCCAUCCCGGUCCGGCAGCGCGUGGCGGUGUGCGUGUGGCGGCUCGCCACGGGGGAGCCGCUCCGCCUCGUGUCCAAGCGCUUCGGCCUCGGCAUCUCCACCUGCCACAAGCUGGUCCUGGAGGUGUGCGCCGCCAUCCGUGGCCUCCUGAUGCCGCGCUUCCUCCGCUGGCCCGACGCCGCCGCCGCCGACGCGUUCAAGGCCCGGUUCCAGGCGGAGUCCGGGAUCCCGGGGGUGGUGGGCGCCAUCUACACCACCCACAUCCCCAUCAUCGCGCCCAAGACGUCGGUGGCGGCCUACUUCAACCGGCGGCACACGGAGCGCAACCACAAGACGUCCUACUCCAUCACGCUCCAAGGUGUGGUGGGCCCCGACGGCGCCUUCACCGACGUCUGCAUCGGGUGGCCCGGGUCCAUGCCCGACGACCAGGUGCUGGAGCGGUCGGCGCUGCAGCAGCGCGCGGCGGCCGGGAUGAUGGCGGGGUCCUGGGUGGUGGGCGGCGCCAGCUUCCCGCUCACGGAGUGGGUGCUGACGCCCUACGCGCAGGCCAACCUGACGUGGGCGCAGCACGCCUUCAACGAGAAGGUGGCGGAGGUCCGGCGCGUCGCCGUCGACGCCUUCGCGCGCCUCAAGGGCCGGUGGGCGUGCCUGCAGAAGCGCACGGAGGUGAAGCUGCAGGACCUCCCCGUGGUGCUGGGCGCCUGCUGCGUGCUGCACAACAUCUGCGAGUCGCGCGGGGAGGGCAUGGACGCCGCGCUCCGCUGCGACAUCACCGACGACGAGACGGUGCCGGAGAACCCCGUGCGGUCGGACGACGCCACCAAGGCCAGGGACGACAUCGCGCACAACCUGCUCCACAGCGGACGAGCCGGCACCAAAUUCUUCUGAAUGAAUUCAUUCAAUUCGCCCUGCCUCUGCAUCGUCGUCGUCGUCGUCGUCGUCGGUUCGUUCCAUCAGAUUCUUCUUCUGCUAUGCUACUGCCUACUCGGUCUCCACGGAUCGUCUCCCUCGUUGGAACCAUCCAUCCAUCCAUCCAUGGAAUUCACUAUUCAUUGGGUUGUUUGCUACUACUAUUGUUUGAACUGUACUGGGGAGAUCACCCUGAAUUCAUCAUCCUCAUCCUCGUAGAACACUGAACACACACACACACACACACACACACAGAGAGAGAGAGAGAGAGAGAGAGAGAGAGAGAGAAAGAGAUUAUAAAGAGUGGGUCGGGUUGGUUUUUGAUCAUAGGACUUUUUAGUUUAGUACUAGCACAUACUAAAGUUGUUCAACAAACGUAUCAAGAGCAAAGUUAAAGAAACAGCAAGAAGAAGAAGCACGUCCCAUCCCGUGUGUUUUCCUUGUGCUUA